UUAAAUAAGAAAAAUUCGUUGAGAAGUUUCUUUAUUCGAAAGAAAAAAUUUACAAUCGCAAGAAUUUCCCAGAACAUUCGAUAUUGGAUAUUUUCACAUAAUAAAAUAUCAAAGGAUAUUCCAAACGAUAAAAUUCCAGAAAAACAUUGUUAGAGAACGGAGGUGAAUACUCGAAGCUAUAAACAUCAUCGAAAACGAAAACCGUUCUUGCUCCUCGAUACGCGGAACGAAGAUCUUACGCAACGAAGAUUCCCCGCUGUUACCGUAUCCUCGACAAUUUUGUCAAUUUCCGUGGAUACGAUCCCGUUACGCGAAACUAGAAUCUCUGAGAAAACAUUGAACGGCAGCCUAUUCGCGCAACGCGUAUCAAAUCUAACUCGGCCGAUUCAUCGAUACCCUCAGGGCUUCGAAUGCACACAAGUAUUGAUCCAAUUACCAGUAUAUAGGAUCGCGUCAAUUAACCUUUAGUGGUCUCAAAUCGAAGGAUUUCCUUUCGCGAAACCGAUCGAGAAAUGGAUAGAUUCGAAACGGAUCCAUUCCUUAUCCUUAAAUUAUUUCUUCUCUCGUUUCUAAUUGGAAUACGCGAUAUUCGGAUUCUCGACAGAUGUAAAAAUAAAAUUGCAAUCCGAUAUUCCCAGAUUUCUUCAUACAGGAAUUAAUGACAAUAAGUCGAAGGGAAGAAGCGAAUCCAUCAUCAAAUUCUGUGAAAAAUUGUGAGCUGUAAUUUCUUCGUUGCAACUAUACGAGACAUUUUGAAUUCUUUUCAACUGUUGGACAAUUUCCAUGGGUCGAGGAUGCUCCCGGUUCCGUUAGACGAGUGCGAAACGGAAUCUUCGCGGAAACGCUUCUCGAAGCGACAGUAGUUCCUGCCGAACAAUGACCCUUUUUAUUACUCUUGGAAACGACCGUCAAGCUUGCCUCGGUCGUUUGUAUUCCGUUCGUUCAACGGUUGACGGAUCGUUCGAAUUUUGCGCCGUUUGAUUUUUUUUUUUUUUUCCUUUGCAAUAUUUAUUCUUCGUUUCGUCUCGACUAUAAAAAUUGUAUGUGCGAAUUUAUCGUUUUAUUUGAAAUUUUUCUUCUUUUGUAAGUGACGAUAAAGAGAAACAUAUCGGCUGAUUAGAUUUCACGAUUGCAACAGAUGAUAAGAAGGAAAGGACGAAUCGAGGUGGCGAUUCCUCGUGAUAAAUGAAGUAAUAAGGAUUAAGGAGAAGCGUGGAGCGGUAUCCGUCGUGACAGAAAGAAUGGAAGUGGAUCGUCUAUCGCGGGCAGACAGUGGAAACGGACCGUUCGUGGCGCGGCUACACACGAAGAGACCGGUGGUGAACGGGUUCAAGCGCGGCCACCGACGACCAUAUUUCGUAUACGUAUACAUAUAUAUAUAUAUACACACGUAGCUGUACACGUGCGCGAACACGCGUAAUAUUACGUUAACCGCGCUUUCGUUUUCGACGAGAGGGAAGACAGAGUGCACUGGUGAUUCGUGAGAGACCCUGUUCCAGUGAGUUUCCAGGGACUGGCUCGAGAAGUUAGGAGGGCGAACGAAGGUCGUGCAGGUCCGUAGAGCCGAGCAGCGCGUCAUGGCUGCCACGAGGAUGGACUGGAAGAUUAGAUUAUACGCGAUCGUCUGGCUUCUGACAGCAGCAACGCUUCCAUGUCAGGCGGCGAGCCAUGACAACGGAGACAACAACGGGGAUGGAAACGCGGAGGACUCUGUAUUGGACGAGACAACCGAGGAUUAUUGGGCCGGAAGUGGAUCAAAUCCCGAGGAGGACGACAUGCUUCACAACGAAACCAGGGAAGCGUUAACGCACGAGGCCAGCGACCACGAAGCUGUGGUAUACGUUGGAGAUGGAGCAGCGUAUGUACCAGUACCGUCGUUGAAAGGAAGACCGUUGAGCUCGAAUCUUCAAGCUCUUCAGACUCUUCAGGGUUUGCAAGGCAUACCCGGAGGCGGAGGCACAGGGGUAGUCGGGGACGAGGACUGGAAGAGGCAUCCGGAAUCUUGGGAUCGGGAACACAGGAGAUACAGGCCUAAUACCACUCGAGUUCAACAUAUCGAGGCGGAAUGCCAGGACGACUACAUGAAGAUCAGGAUCGGUUUCAACGGUUCCUUCACCGGUCUCCUCUACUCGGCUGGUUAUUCUUACGACCCGGACUGCAUGUACGUGAACGGAACAGGUCGAGACUACUACGAGUUCUACAUUCAGUUGAAUCGUUGCGGCACCCUUGGCGAGAACACCCAUCAUCAGGACAGUCGAAAAAAUCCUACGAAAAACCUGAUGUGGAACACGGUCACGGUGCAGUACAACCCGCUCAUCGAAGAAGAAUUCGACGAGCAUUUCAAAGUGACUUGCGAAUACGGAUACGACUUCUGGAAGACCGUCACCUUCCCCUUCCUCGACGUCGAAGUCGCGACGGGGAAUCCCGUAGUGUUCACCCUGCAGCCACCGGAGUGCUACAUGGAAAUCAGAUACGGUUACGGGACCACUGGAACUAGAGUGGCUGGACCAGUCCGCGUCGGGGAUCCACUGACUCUCAUUAUCUACAUGCGCAGCAAAUACGAUGGUUUCGACAUUGUCGUGAACGAUUGCUACGCUCACAACGGUGGAAAUAAAAGGAUCCAGUUGAUCGAUCAAUACGGAUGCCCCGUCGACGAUAAAUUAAUCAGCAGAUUCCGUGGAUCCUGGUCCGAGAGCGGCCUCUUCGAAACUCAGGUAUUCGCCUAUAUGAAAACGUUCAGGUUCACCGGUUCGCCAGCAUUGUAUAUCGAAUGUGACGUAAGAAUGUGCCACGGAAGAUGCCCGAGCCAACCGUGUCAUUGGAGAAAUGCCAAAAACGUAGCGAAACGUUCUUUGCCAGAAAUUGGUGGUCCAUCGACACCAGCGACGAGUCUGUCCGAGAAUGUGAAUCUCUUCCAAUCGUUACGUGUACUUCAAGAGGGCGAGGCAGAUACGGAAUUCUUCCAGAAUUCUACCACGGCUUUUCGAAGUGGAACCAAUGAACCCACGAACGAUAGAGUGUGCCUUAGAUCGACGGUUCUUAGCACGAUUAUAGGAAUCGGUUGCGGCUUCCUAUGUCUAAUGGCAGGGACGAUAUUAGCUAUGUGCUCGCGAAUUCGGCGACAAGCUAGGGAAAAACUUCUAUCCGACAGCAUAAGUUAUAUGACCCACAAAGGUAGAAUUAACUGAACGAGAUCACUUUGCAUAUUUUUCCCUUUUUCUCUUCUUCUUCGUUGCGUUUCGGUCGGUAUAAAUGUUUGAGGAAGUUGCAGCAGGAAUAUCCCCUGUUGGUAAUAAUGCGAGGAAGAUUACCGCAAUCGGUAAAAAUGGGAAUAAGCUCAAUACUUUCGAUCGACGGUUGUUAAAAACCAAGUUCACAAAUCAUAAUGUAUUUAAAAAUUGUGUAUCUGAAGUUAAGGAUAUUUACCACAGACGAGGCAUAGAUGUGAUAUUUUGGGAUUUUUCCAUGUCUUCAAAUACCGACCUCGAAAGAAAUAGGUAUCACACGCGAUAUUACCAUUUUGACCGUUCACGUUGCUCUAUUUUUCUUUGCGAUGAAAAAUAUUUCAAAUAAAAGUUGAAUGUUUUUAAGAGAAAUAUAUUCCGAUAUUAAUUACGUUAUUGCAAAGAUUAAGUUAUUUUCUUUAAAUAAAAUAUAUAUAUAUAUAUUUUGAUUCAAUAGAAGAUGUGAUUCGUUAUUUGCUAUAAAAAAAAUAUUGAAUCAUUUAUAGUAAAAAUU